GCGAUAUCAGAACGCAUUUUUUGUUUGGACAACAGGCCGCAUUUGUUUACAACCGAAUUUUAUUUAUAAAGUAGCCUUACCAUGAAAGUAGCUGUAGAAGGAUGCGCACAUGGCGAACUGGAACGAAUAUACGACACCAUACAGGGCAUCGAAAAGGAUGGCGGCACCAAGAUCGACUUGUUAUUGUGCUGUGGUGAUUUUCAGUCCACCCGGAAUCUGGAGGAUUUGCAGACGAUGGCAGUACCAAAGAAGUACCUGGAUAUGUGCUCCUUUUACAAAUACUACAGUGGCGAGCUGGUAGCACCAGUGCUGACCAUAUUUAUUGGCGGCAACCACGAGGCCUCCAAUUACCUGCAGGAGCUCCCAUACGGCGGAUGGGUGGCUCCAAAUAUCUACUACCUUGGUUAUGCCGGCGUCGUCAAUGUAAACGGAGUUCGGAUAGCUGGAAUAAGCGGAAUCUUUAAGGGUCACGACUUUUUGCGCGGCCAUCAUGAAUUUCCUCCAUAUACCGAGUCCACGUGUCGCAGUGUCUACCAUGUGCGGCAGCUAGAAGUCUUCAGGCUGAAACAAAUUUCCGGUCGAGUUGAUAUUUUCCUGUCCCACGACUGGCCCACCGGCAUCUAUGAAUAUGGAAACAAGGCGCAACUGCUCCGCAAGAAACCCUUUUUUGCAGCAGACAUGGAGAGCGGGAAGCUGGGUAGCCAGCCACUGGAGGAGUUACUGAAAGCGGUCCAACCGGCCUACUGGUUUGCUGCCCAUUUGCAUUGCAAGUUUGCCGCUUUGGUGCCGCACAAUCACAGCCAGAAGCUAGGAGAUGCUGAAUCUUCCUCUUCCAGCAGCAGUGAAGAUGAAGACGAGGAGCAGGAAAAGAAAGCUGCUUCUGUACCUCCACCAUCCAAAUCUGUUCCCGUGACCAAGUUCCUGGCUCUCGACAAAUGCCUGCCGCGUCGUGCAUUCCUGCAAGUGGUAGAGAUACCCAGUGACCCUAUCGAAGGCACUCCCCGCCUGGAAUACGACGCAGAGUGGCUGGCCAUCUUGCACAGUACAAAUCACUUGAUUUCUGUGAAGGAGAAUUAUUAUUACCUGCCCGGCAAAAAGGCGGGAGAGAUUACAGAGCGAUCAAACUUUACGCCCACUGAAGAAGAACUAGAAGCAGUGACCGCAAAGUUUCAGAAACUUCAAGUCCCCAAGAACUUUGAGCGCACAGUACCAGCUUUCGAUCCCGCCGAACAGUCUGAUUAUAAGCACAUGUUUGUGGAUCAACCCAAGGUUCAACUAAACCCCCAGAGCAAUACGUUCUGUGCCACUCUGGGUAUAGACGAUCCGCUAUGCUUAGUUUUGUUGGCGAAUGGCCAAGAUCUGCCUUCGGUGGGAGCUACCGAAUGCAAGGAUAGGGAAACAGAAAAUUCUAAGCUGCAGGCGGUGGAAGAAGACGUUGCUGAACCAUUGGUUACACCAACUAAAAGGAAGCUUAACUUAUCCCUGCCAGCACCUACAACUGCAGCAGCUGAUACCACCGAUAAAAACGUGAUAGACCUGCCCGAGGAGGAACCUGAAGAACCAAUAAAAGCGACGGAAGACCCUCAUGUAGAGGAACCCGCAUCAGUGCCCGCGAGUCCCAAUGUGAAAAAACUGAAGCGACGCAAUCAGAACAUUUACCAAGCGCAAGAAGAUUAAACCCUAACAAAUUCCG